CUUUUUGUAACGGUCGUUUUGCCUCCCUAUUCAAUGGUUCGUUAUUUUCAACACAAUGAAUACAAUGAAUGGUGUGUAUUAUUAUUAACAAUAAUCGCCCUUCUUGUAACGUCGGGAUUGAAGCGACCGUCAAAAAAAAUCAUUUUCGCGCGCGAUUUCAUAGGAGAACGCUGUGCUUGUUCAUCAAAAAUACUUUUAGUUAGACGUUAAUUAGAGCGUAUGUUUUUAUUUUAAAAAUAUUUAAUUUAUAGUUAAUUUGAUCAUGUUCUCGAAAGCUAAACGUUUUGAACCAGUGGCUGUACCCAAAACCCAAAAUAAACCAAAGAUCCAAGAAAAUGAAAACCAAACAAAAUGUAUUGCCAAAACACAACCAGUAGCCUCAAAAGUAAAGAAGAAUCCUCCACUUAGCACUUUAUCAACUAAAACCAACACGGACACCAGAUCUCUAUGCAGUUCUACCCCCAGCGUUAAAUCAUUUGUUACGCCAAAACCAGUAAAAUCCCAUACAGCUUCAAAAGUUACAAGUAGCCUCAAAAAGCAAAAUCCGACUAAAAAUGGGAAUGAGAAAAAACAAAUCAACAAAAUCAGUGAUGAUGUUGUUAAAGCUCAAGAAGUCGAAAUCAGAAACAAAAAUCAUACCAUAUUGGAACACAAUAAACACAUUGAAGAACUGAAAACUGAAAUAGCCCGACUCCAAGCUCAAAUUAAUUCUACCAAAAAUCCAGUCAAUAAUAUUACAACUAAAUUGGAAGACAUGCACUUGGAAAAAUCUGACAAUAAAUCAGAUGGUAAUAAGGAAUUUAGCAGAGAUGUUGAAAAUUUCAAGAAAACUAUAUUAGAAUUGGAAUUACAAUGCGAUAAAUUGGAACAAGAAGUAAGUAACAAGCAAGUAGAAUUAUCGUCUCUGGAAGAGGUAAUUACUAUCAGAGACAGUUUGUGCAAAGAUUUGCAAGAAAAGCUGACUAACAUGGAAUCAAAUCUAGAGGAAACACGCCAAAGGCUGGAAAUGGUAAAGGGGCAUCAUGCACUUGCACUUGAAGCUAAUGAAAGUAUUCGCCGGGAAUAUAAAGUAGAACUAGAAACUUUAAAAACUAAAGCGGAGGAAGAAAAACAAGUGAUUAUAAAUAAACACAAAAUCGAUCAAGAAAGAAUCAAGUACGAAUACAAUGAUUUAAUAGAUUCAAUCAAGACACAAUUAGUAAAAGAAAAAACUGAAGAAAUUCAGGACCUGCAAGAUCAGUUAGAAGCCAAAGAACGUGAAUUUGCGGCUAAACUAGAACAAAUUAAUGAAGCUGCUGAAGAAAAACUUAGGCUGUGUGAGAUACAAUUUGAAGAACGCACCCGCAAUAUCCAAGAUCAUUGGGCGAAGCAGCAAAGUAAAAUACAGUAUUUAGAAAAAGAAACCAGAGAUUUGAAAUAUAGCCUUAAUCAUGCUGAAGAAGAAAAUUUAAUGCUACAGCAAAAAUUAAGCAGUAUUAAAAGUGAAUAUGACUGUUUGAAAACCGAAAAAGAGGACAAAAUUAAAGAAAUAAAUGACUUGAAAGAAGAAAUUAAAACUAAACACAUUGACUUUGAAAAUGAGAUAAAUAAAUUGACUGUUGAAAUCGAUAAGGCUGCAAAAGAGAAAAGUAGAUUUGAAAUGUCGCUCUCAGUAACCAGGGAUAUUGUACAAGUUCUAACAAUGCGGCUGAGGGAGUCUGACAACGAAUUGGAACAUUUAGAAAAUACAGUUCAAACUCUCAAUGAUGCCAAAGAUCAGCUUGAAAAUGAGCUGGCACAAUAUAAAAACACUUUAAAUAACACUGUAUUAGAAUGUAAUGAAUACAAAGAGGCUCUCGUUAAUAUCUUAAAAUCCAAAGCAGCCCUAGCCAAAGAACACAACCGUAUCAUGGAGCAUAACGUGACUUUGAUAGAGAGUUUACAGAAUGUGGAGAAGGAAGCGUAUCGCGAGCUUGGGUCUAUCAAAAACGAACUGAUCGAGGAUGUGGAGCUCUUGAAAAAGGAGUCGAAUUCUCAAAUCCAGCAGCUUCGCGACGAGGUGGAGAACAAGCGCCUGCUGUGCGAGCUGGCGACGGAGCACGCGGGGCAGGCGGCGGCGGCGGCGGAGCAGGCGCGCGCGCUGCUGGCGCACGCCGCCAACGAGGUGGCGCGUCUGGAGGCAGACAACCAGCGCUUCCAGAAUCAGAUUCAAGAUCAACAGUCUCUCGUGGUGGAGUUGUCGCUGCUCCGUCAAGAAAAUGAAGAAUUGAGCAUGACGGUGGCCAAACAAUCUUCUAUAAUCGACAAGAUGAAGAAGGAUAUGGAUCAAGUUCAGGCCAAACCGAAAUCCCCUUCAGUUUUGCGCAAAUCUCUUAAAAUCGGUAAAGAGAACGUCCAAACCGUUAUUUCGCCGUUACGUGAACGUAAUCAUUAAGAAUUUUUAAAGAAAUGUUGAAAUACUAAAUUGUUUUUCGAUUUGUUCAUUUAUUUAUCAUCGGUUAUUUACAUUAGGAUUCUGUUUUAUAAGUACGAUGUUUCGAUUGUAUUUUAGACCUUAUUUAUUAUUGUAAUCCUGAAACCUGUUAAAUUACUGUUUUUUUAAAUGUAUGUUAGUAAC